UCUUGGCACGAGGGUGGAGGGGGCUGUUUCCAGCCUCUUGGAGAGGCGUGGUCAGGGGCGGCACUGUCAGAGCGCAGCCAAAUUGAGGAUAAAAUGUGGAUAAGUGAUGCUUUAGCGGCUUUGGUGCAAGAAUCCCGAAAGAAGAAAGAGCCACUCUCAGGUUUUUAUUGAAACAGAGUGAGCGACCUCAUCACAUCUGUGAUUUAUGUCACAUGGCAGCCAGCGACAGUCCUCGCAGCUCCACCUGAGCUCUGCACUUUGAAGCCGGACUUUUUCUUCUUCUUCUUCUUGCUGCUGAAGUUUUCUCUGUGCCAGGAUCUCAAAGAGCGGGCUGUAUUCCAAUCCAUUAAAGCUCACACUGGAGACGAAGAAGAGCGUCUGUCUGUGCUGUCCCCCGUCUCACCACAUCCACCGUCACUGUCUGCAGCUCUUGUCCAGGAUGAGGCAUGUCUCUCCAUGCUGGCUGAGGGGCGUCUCCCUGCUCCUGCUGCUCCAGACGGCCACUUCCAUGGUGAUGCUUCCAAACUCCACGGGCUGGGAGCAGAUUCUGGACAAGUAUCUGGACGAGGAGGGGGACUGGUGGGAGGCCAAGCAGAGAGGGAAGAGGGCCAUCACCGACAGCGACGCUCAGCUCGUCCUGGACCUUCACAACAAGCUCCGAGGCCAAGUUUACCCUCCUUCUUCCAACAUGGAGUACAUGGUGUGGGACACAGAGCUGGAGCGUACGGCAGAGGAGUGGGCCGAGACCUGCCUGUGGGAGCACGGCCCUGCCAGCCUCCUGCCACAGAUCGGACAGAACCUGGGAGCACACUGGGGAAGGCAUCGUCCACCCACGUUCCAUGUGCAGGCCUGGUACGAUGAAGUGAAAGACUUCUUCCCUUACCCUCAGGAGUGUAACCCUUACUGCCCCUUCAGAUGCUCCGGCCCUGUUUGUACUCAUUAUACACAGCUGGUGUGGGCCACCAGCAGUCGGAUUGGCUGUGCCAUCAACAUGUGUUACAACAUGAAUGUGUGGGGACAGAUUUGGGCCAAAGCCGUCUAUCUUGUCUGCAACUAUUCGCCAAAGGGAAACUGGUGGGGGCACUCACCUUACAAACAUGGGACCCCAUGCUCUGCCUGUCCUCCCAGCUACGGAGGAGGCUGCAAGGACAACCUCUGCUACAAAGAUGACAACUUCAACACUGUACAAGAGGAAAUGGAAGAAAACAACUUCAUCGAGCCAGAGGCCCCCCGUGCUCCACAGAAGCCCCGGUCUAGGGCCUCCAAGCCCGAGCCUCCCAGUCUCCCCGCUCCAGCCCCUACCAAGCCCCCCACAGAGGACCUGCAGAAGAAUGAAGUGGUCAACACGCAGCAGAUGUCUCAGCUUAUGACCUGUGACACUAAGCUACGAGAUCAGUGUAAAGGAACACCGUGUAACAGAUACGAGUGUUCAGCUGGGUGCAUAGAUACUACAGGAAAGGUAGUGGGGACAGUAUACUAUGAAAUGCAAUCCAGCGUGUGCAGAGCUGGUCUACAUGCUGGUGUCAUAGAUAAUGACGGAGGAUGGAUGGAUGUAACAAGACAAGGCAGAAAGGACUUUUUCAUCAAAUCCAACAAGAACGGAGUCCAGUCUCUUGGGAAAUAUCUAAGUGCUAAUUCCUUCACAGUUUCCAGAGUAGCAGUCAAAGCCAUCACAUGUGAAACCACAGUUGCACCGAUGUGUUCGUACCAGAAGCCUGCAAAACAUUGUCCACGGUUAUACUGCCCGAGAAACUGUUUGGAGGAGAAUCCUCACAUAUCCAGAGUCAUCGGCACCAGAAUAUACUCUGAUAAGUCCAGUAUAUGCCGAGCAGCGGUCCACGCCGGAGUAAUCAGGAAUAAUGUGGGUGGUUACAUCGAUGUGAUGCCGGUGGACAAGCGGAAACACUACGUUGCCUCAUACCAAAAUGGAAUUUUCUCAGAGAGCCUUCAAAACCCCCCUGGAGGGAAGGCGUUCCGGGUGUUCGCUGUGAUUUGAGUGCCCCACAGGGCGGCUUCACCAAACAGAAAGCGCACUUGGGCUGUUGAAUAGGCGGUAAUCAAGCCCUGUUGUCAAACUCAAUGACUGAAAUGUUUCUGGCUUUGCUACACUCCAGGGGUUGGAGGUCGUCUCCAUGACAGCGUAAACCUAGCAAUGAAAACCUGACACACACACAUACAAUGAGAAACUGUCAGCACUCACUCGCAUUGAGUUUUCAAUUUGUCAUCUCUAGCAGGACAUUUUAUUAACUGUAAAUAUCUCUGAAUAUUUUGUUGUACAUAUUUGUAAAUAGUAUUACACUUGUUUGCCUUCGUGCCAUUACCCUUUUAACAAAUAGCUGAUGAAUACUGAUUAUAUAAAUCCUAUGAUAUAACAUUAUAAAGGCACUUAAGGAUGAACAACGUUGUUAUUGUAUUAAGUCUGGCACAUUUUUACUGGUGCUCUGGAGGUUUCUUGUCAUAUUUUUUACUUUUUAAUGAUUGGCGAACAAAUGGUUAUGCAUUUAUUUUUAUAUGAUUUUGCUUUAUAUCAAUAUGAUUCAUAAAGGAUGCUGCUAUAUGUUUUGUACUGUUAUUGUAAUUGCCAGUGUGAUGGGUUAUUUUUCCAGAUAAUGUGGUUUAGUUAAAACUCCCUGCAGGUCGGGAAGUUCACUCCUAAACAAACCUCAGCGCCGGACUUCAUCAUGCAUCGCAUCUGACUGGACGUCGCUACAUCAAAUAUGUUUUCACGUCAUAUCUAUGCAUCUGUCUUUGUCAUAAAUAAACAGAAGCAAUACUAUGCAACGGUUUUAUUUCAACGGCAUGUAAGGGAAUGGUGAUUUCUAAUCAACACAUAUAUUUGCUCAUAUUCUUACCAGCUUUCUUUUAAUUAAGCUGCAUCAAUAUAAAUGGAGCAAUUUUUCUCACUGUUUCUCUGCAUUAUAUAUAUUUUCCUACCUCAGAUCGUUAGGAAAAUCCAUUUUGCAAUAAAAUAU